CCACAUCCUCCUCUCCCGAAAAUUUCAGCUUCUCUACCUUUCUUCCACCUUCCCUUCUUCUCCCUUCACACCCAUCCACCCCCUUCUUUCCAGUGAAACCAAGGUGCAAAACUAGCUAUUCUUAGCUCAACAUCAUCGCCGGGCCAUGUCGAACCCUACCACCUCGCUGCCGCCGGGUUUCCGGUUCCACCCGACCGAUGAGGAGCUCAUCCAGCACUACCUCAGGAAUCGAGUUGCUUCACUACCAUGUCCUGUGUCAAUCAUCGCAGAGGUUGAUAUCUAUAAGUUUGAUCCAUGGGAUCUCCCUGUCAAAGCGAUGUUCGGGGACCGAGAGUGGUACUUCUUUAGCCCAAGGGAUCGAAAGUACCCGAACGGGAUCCGGCCAAACCGGGCGGCUGCUUCGGGUUACUGGAAGGCAACCGGGACUGAUAAGCCGAUUGUUUCGAGCAAAGGGAAUGAGAACAUUGGGGUGAAGAAGGCCCUUGUGUUCUACAAGGGGAGGCCACCCAAGGGGGUCAAGACUGGUUGGAUCAUGCAUGAGUACCGACUCGCUCAAGCCCUGAACAAUAACAGUUUCAGACCCAUGAAGCUUAGAGACUCCUCCAUGAGGUUGGAUGAUUGGGUCCUCUGUCGAAUCUACAAGAAGAACAACUACACCUUGUCGACGGAUCCAGAACAAGAUGACUCAGCUGUGGAGGAUGUCUUCAUGCCAAGCUUAACAAAUACCACACCACAGAACAGCCCUCCCAAGCUGCCCAAGUCUUGCUCUUUGACUGAACUCCUCAACAAUGUAGACUUCUCUGCAUUAUCCCAGCUCCUAGAAAUCCCUCCUGACAUGCCAAAUUUAGAACAAGGUCCAAUUGUUCACCCAAGUUCAAACCAAACCUCCAUUAAUAACACCAGCAGCAGCGAUGCCAACUACUUUUUAGUUCAACAGCUCUCCCAAACAGAAACCCCUGUUUUACCACCUGAGAACAGUCUGAAACGCCAGUGGACAGUUGAUAGAUGCUUAGAAGAUGGCAGCGAGCUUUCCCACCCACCGAAGAAGCUCCUUAAUUCAAGCAUUUUUACCAGCUUCACCAACCAGUUUAAUAGCCAGCAAAACAAUUUGUUAAGCAAUCCUUUCUUCAAUCAGCAAUUGCAAUUGAACUCUUACUUGAAAUUUCAGUGAGUUCAUAGCUAUCAGCUCAAUAGAGGAUUGCAGAAAAUAACAUGGAAAGGAAAAGAAGUGCACGAAAGCUCUAGUGAUUUGUGGUAUGAGCCCUUAUUUUGUAUAGUAUUGUGUGGUUUGAAGAGGGCAUGAUUAGAGAGAGAAAGUAGUGGGCUCCCAUGGUGUCAAAAAGAAGAUGCCAAUGAGUGCAAGUUAGAAAAGUUACAAAAUUCUUGAAGACAUUGUAAUGGAUGAGUUAGAGGAGUGGGCUUGUACAUAUUAUAUGUGGUUUGGAAUAGAAACUCAUGUUAUCAUCUUCUUCAGUAAA